GGUAGAGACCAAUGGCUGAUUAAAAAGAAAGGUAUUUGCAAAAAUUCUGCUACUUGAAGUAUAGAGCAAAGAAUAUUGACCCGUUUCAUUGCUCAUCAUCAUUCUACGUUGGGGACAUCUACGACACAUUUCUUACACGUCACAUCUACAACUUUAGCAGUUUUGCGAGUAGUGACAUAUCCUACAGGGGUACAGCACAUCUCCUAUAUACAAAAAAAAAAAAAAAAUGUCAAUUCUUACAGGGCUCGCUCCAGUCAUAUUUCCUACACCACGAAAGCCAGCGCGUUCGAAUCAACUCGUGCUUGGCGCGAAAUUUCGACCCUGUGUCUACCCUAAACGGGAGAAAAGUCGAGUUGGCUGUGGGUCUUAAUGUGUGUGUGUGUGUGUGUGUGUGUGUGUGUGUGUGAGAGAGAGACUUGAAAUUUAGACCCUGAGUCGACCCGAAAGAGGGAUAGAAGUCGAGUUCACAUGCACCAACAAAAGCAGCGAGUUUGAGUCAAGUCGUGCUUGACUCGAAAUUUUGAACCUGAAUCUACCAUAAAUAGGGAGAAAAGUCGAGUUGACGUUCAGACACAAGUCGAGUUGAGUCGAGUUUAGGCAAUCACCCAGCACUAUAUAUUUUCUUCAUUCGUUUGGUACGCACAAUACGUACAACACACCAGUCAUCCUGGCUAAGAUCCUGACAAGGCCAGGAUUGAGGGCAACAUCCCCUUCAGUGCAGUGGCUUACGAAGACAACUCGUAUUCCGAAGGCUCGCGGGGACCCCCAAGGCUAUCCUCGUUUACACUUGAGGACUCGUGGGUUGUUUACACGCCAGGUAUAAUAUUACAUAGGGAAUCCUCAGUUUUCGGCGGGAUUCCCCAAAUGUUAUCAAGAAAAGGACACUAGCAUUAUGCACAACGUAAUGUGUUGUUCAGCUUUAUUGGAGAGUGAGACCUGUAGCAGGGAAGGGGUGCUGGACCUGCUGCUGUAACCACUGUAACCAGUGGAUACACAUCAUUUGUUGAGGAUGAGUAAUAAUGAUUUUGGUGGUUCAAUUGUAAUUCUUCUACCAGAACGUCUUGAUCCACACAAGGCUGAAGCACCAAUCUCCCCCAUGAAUCCUGUAGCAGAAACCCCAGAGUCACAUGUCAAUGGGAUGACAACCACAGCUCCCCCAGGUUCUGCCAUCAAAGCCAAAAUAAGGCCUAGGAAAGCACCAGAGCUACAGACAGUAGAACGACGUAAUUGGUUAAUUCACCUGCACUAUGUUCGGAAAGAGUUUGACAUCUGCAAACAAUUGAUUCGGGAGCAGCUGGAAGAGACGCGGGGAAUGUGUGAAUAUGCUAAUUACGUCCAGGGUCUGAUACUAAGGCAAGAAGGGAAGAUUCAGGAGUCCUUUGAGCUUUUUCAACUGUGUAACAUCCUCAACCCCAGCAGUGUGGAGAACAUCAAACAGAUGGCCCGAGCAUUAUUCCUAUUGGGAAGGCACCGAUUAGCAGUGGAAGCAUACCUGCAGGCAGAAAUGAAGCUGGACAAGCCAGACUGGGAGCUUCACCACAAUCUGGGUAUUUGUUACAUGCACUUGAAGGACCACGAAGGAGCAAGAGAGCAGCUUAUUUAUGCCUUAGAACAAAACAAACACCACCAGACCUUUGCCUCGCUUGCCAAGAUCUACUUGUUGGAGAAUGACAUUCCCUCUGCCAUCAGUACUUACAGAGCAGCUAUUGAGUAUUUCCCAGAAAAUGCUGAUCUCCACACCACGCUUGGACUGCUCUAUAUGCAAAUUGGAAAAUAUCAGCAAGCCUUUGAACACUUGGGUACUACUCUCACUUUUGACCCCACCAACACCAGAGCUAUACUUGCUGCAGGGUCCAUGAUGCAGAGUCACCAAGAUUUUGAUGUUGCACUCACCAAGUACCGAGUGGCAGCACAGUCCAUCCCGGAAUCCCCACCUCUCUGGAAUAAUAUAGCCAUGUGCUUCUUUGGGAAGAAAAAAUAUGUAGCUGCCAUCAGCUGCUUGAAGAGAGCUAAUUAUUUGGCACCAUUUGACUGGAAAAUACUUUACAACCUUGGUCUGGUCCACCUAACCAUGCAGCAGUAUACAUCAGCUUUCCACUUCCUCUCAGCUGCUGUAAACCUGCGACCCACAAAAGGCCAUAUCUUCAUGCUUCUUGCAAUUGCCCUUACUUACUUGGAUGAUGAGGAAAAUGCAUGUCAAGCAUACGAGCAAGCUGUGAGUCUGGAGGCUAGGGACCCAAGUGUCUGCCUCAACUAUGCCAUCUUCCUUCACAACCACAAUAAUAAGGAAGGAGCACUCAGGAUGAUAAACGAAUUUGAGGUGAGAAUGGUCAAGUUUAGACAAUCAACUGGAGCAGACUUGGACACUGAGAUAAUUGAAAAUGGAGCAAAAUUAGCAAUGCUUCUUGGUGUCGAUGGGUCAGCAUUCCGCAAAAAAUCGAGCCACACACAACUAAUAGCCCAAGAUGAGGCAACUCAGGAACUAAUAAAGCCAGUGGAAGACCCUUCAAGCAACUCACUGUUUCCUGAGGAAGAUGUAGAGAUUUCAGCUGACAAAACCCCUCCUGAAACUAUUGAAAAUACAGAAACUAACUCACCAUUAGAAGAUAAUGCCAAAACACCACAGUCCGGGAAGUCUUCUAAGAAGAUGCAGCAGAGUGAAGUACUGACCACAGCAUAUCUGCACUUCAAGGAUGAAGAGUUGUCCUCUACACAGCUUCCUGAAGAGGAAAAUGACAAAAAUAACUCAAAAGAAUUAGAAAAUUGAUUACUCCAUUUUAGUAAAUUAGACUGUCACACCAACACUUUAGAAUGAGAAUCACUAAUGCUAAAUGAGUAAGUGCAAUUGAGAUGGGAUUGUAAUCAUGACUACAGGGAGUCCUUCAUUUGCAAGAUAGAUGCGUUCCAGAAGGGACCGUGCAAAGUAAAUUUCGUGCAAUGUAAGGAUGAUCACCCCCAGUACUGGAGUAAACUGGGUAAUUAUUGAAAAUCACUCCGCACCUCCAAAAUACGAUAUUACGCCUCCAUAUUGUACUUAAGGGACGAAAUACAUGUCCCUUAUCCAUAAUAUGAAGGUGGAAAAAAUUAAAAAUAAUGAAAAAGUGGUAAAGGUAGUGAAAAGGCAUAUUAUACAUACGCUACAUACACUAUGUGAAAGGAUGGGAGUUGAUUGAGUAAACUUCGAUCUCUUUGGAGUACUACCACAUGCUGGAGAAUCCGAUGGGCGCUUGGGAGCCAUGGUUAAUUGGUGGUAAGUUGGUAACACACCGAACGAACGGGGAGAGAGACGCUACCACAGCCGUGCGUGGGUAAAGAAUGAGCGGCGCGGCCCGGGUGGCGGUAAACACAGUGGGUGGCGGGAAACACCUAGUGACGCCUGGUGGCUGCAUUACUGAACUAAAUCAGCCGCACGAAACUUGAUUUUCUUGAAAUCGUGUUAUUUUAAGGAAUAUGUGUAAUAUGAGGAAAAAAACCCUAUUUUUUGACACUGCUAUUUUGAAUUUGUGCAAUCUAGUCGUGCAAAUCAAGGACUCCCUGUAUUUCCUGUUUAGGUCUCUGUUGGUGCAGAGGUUAGCAUGCCUAACUAUGAAUCUACAGGCCUGGGUUCCAGCCCACCCAGCACUUCGAUCAUUCUUCCUUUAGGGAAAAAAAAAGGUCAAUAAAUGGGUGCCUGGGAAACCUAGGGAAGGUAAACUGUGAUAACCCAGAUGUUGCACUAGCCAUGUGUCCCAGGCUAAUGGGUUCUCAUCCACCACAGGCUCAAGGGGUUAAUGGAACAAAAAAUCACCAUGGCCACAUGCAGUUAAUAAUGUAUACUCCAAACUUUACUUGUUAAGAUCAGGGUAAGGUAAUCAAACUAAAAAAACUAGAAUUUUACAGUUGGAGAAGCAUAAAUUUGACAUGUUUGUAUGAUGCUGGUUCAGGUUCAAGUGAGGAGCAUUCUUGAGUUGAAAGGUAAAUUGGAAAAGUGUAGACAUGGAAGUAGACAAUAUGAGCAUGACUCCAAUUCUGUAAAUUACAACUACAUAAACAACUUGGUAAAACACACACAUACACACAAUAAAGUCCCACAUUUGGCGACUAUCUUGUGCCAGAGAAAGCUCGCCAAAUUCAAAUUCACCAAAUGCAGAUCAUUAAAACAAUAGGAAAAAGUUAAUUGGUACCAAAGUCCUGGUGUCUUUAAACCUCAUUUUUCCUGUCAUUAUUAUCGGAUACCAAAAGAUGAUAAAAAGACGAGAUGAAAAAAUACUUUCUUUAAUCUUCAUUCUAUAUUCAGUAUGGUGCAUGGUAGAAACAAGUGCUGGUUACAUAACCAAACGGUGUCUUCACUUACACCACUGCUCUCACCUCCCCAUUGCUCCUUCCAGCACCUGUAGAGGCCUUUGAUGCCAUAUUACACUUGGUAGAUGGCAGUGGGCUACACUGUCAAGAGUGAGAGGUGGAGCACAAGUUAUCACAUGUGGCAGACUCACUCAACUGUUUCAUCAGCUGGCUUGACAUCAACAUGGUGGCCACACUGCUGAAAAUUGGGAUUGUAAAUGUAUAACACUGAUAAACUUUUGGCAAGGAAAUAAGCAAUAACAGUUUGCAAACAUUUCCUAAGGGAAGAAACAUUUAUCUAGUGCAAGACUGUGGUUGCUAGAUAUGACUUAGUGCUUGCUGGAAGGGGGAAAUAAUUACUAAACGAGAGAAUAUGGCCACCAAAUGAGAAUUAAUGUAGUGACUGACUGGAGUCACCAAAUCUAAGCACACCAAAUGCAAGUCUUUACUGUAUGUAUGAAUGAAUUCACUUGCAUUCAGUGUUUGAGUACAAGUGGGGUAUUCAGUGCAAUGAAGAAUUACCGUAUUUGACAGCAUAUAAGACACUUUUUUUUUUCCAAAGAAUUGUCCCAGAAAAUCAAGGGUCAGCUUUGGGUUGCUGGCUAGUGAAAUUUUAAAAAUGUACUAAAAUAUUACAACUAGAAUUACAAUGUAGAAUAAUGAAAAAAUAUGAUGUACAAACUUCAUUCUCCCACGACCUCUGUGUGUAACGAAACACAUGAGAAAUUAGUCCAGACAAGGAAAGGUUUUACCAGCGCCGGGGAUGGAAGCCGCGACCAGCGAGACAGGAAAGCCACUCCUUAACCACUCAGCCAAAGAGGUACUACACUCGCUGAGUGAGUUUUGGGAGGCUCACCCAUCAGGCAGGUCUGGUACCACAUUUAAACCCAUUACCCCUCUGACAUGUCACUGUCUACACCCUAUUUGUUUACAUCUCAAAGCAGGACUCUUGAGUCUCUCAAAAGGACCAGUUUUUGUAGACCCCAGCAAAUAUUAAGGUUUUUAAAUGCAAAAUAUUGGGAUUUAAUAAAGAUCUUAAUACAUAUGAAACUUUAAAAAUGACCUGAUAGCAGGGAGGGCUACGAAUGUCAGGCGAAAACACUUCACCUGACAUUCGUAGUUAAUACCCAUUUACUAUUUUUCAAAUACCAGCCCAAAUUGAACUGUGUCUUAUAAGCCAUCAUAUAUAGUAUGUUAUCAAAUCAAAAAAAAUUAACUGAAGCACCAAUUUAUGAUACUUUCAUUGAGUUAACUGUACAACAUCAUGAAUAUCAUGCACUAUAAUUUUGCUGCACAUAACUAUAUUAGUAAUGUGCAACCCCAAGUGGAAAUCUUUCAUGUUUCAAUUACUGCUUAACUUAAUCAAAGCUAUAAAUCAUAUGAUUUAGUUUUGCUAAUGAAAGGGAAUGGUGGAAGCACUGUAAUAGUAAACUAAUAUUUAUAUUAAUAGUUUUCACUCCACGGAAACAUUGCACAAUACAAUGCACACAAUAUUAUGCAAUUUGUGAGAAAGAUACUUUCAGGUUACAAAGCUAUAUUGUAUCAUGCAAGUCAUAAUACCUAAAAAUAAAGGAUAAUGACAUUCAA